CUUGCACAGUUAAAUCUUUUCUCUUUUUUGUCAAUCAAGAAAAGAACAGAAUGACUAUUAAUACAUUUCGGAACAUACUAGUUUCACUUAUGCUGGGACUGUUGCAGACUGUUGAGUUCCACAGUCGCCACGGUUCCACGCAUGUUACUUCCACCAUGGUUCCACGACUUCCACGUUCCACGACAUGUUUACGGAUGCUGCCGCUGCUGUUGUAAAUACGCAAUGCCGGUCGACCAGAAACGAAUUAACGGACCAGAAGCUUCUACACCGUAUGAUAUUUAUAUUCAUUCUGAAGUGAAAGACAAAGGGCUACAACCAAAUGCUCCGAAAAGACAUGACGGCCGCUCACAUAAUGAGUUUAGAAAUAUAUUUUUGAAAACUGGCAUAGUUAGUCAGGCAAAAGGCUCCGCUUAUAUUGAAAUAGGCAAUACCAAGAUCAUCUGCUCGGUAUUUGAUCCUAGAGAGAUACCAAACAAAACUGGCUACUGCGUGCAAGGAGAAUUGUUUUGUGAAUUCAAGUUUGCACCCUUUUCUCAUCGCAAACGGAAAUUGCAUCAGCAAGAUGCAGAGGAGAAGGAAUAUAGCCUGAUACUUCAAAGAGCUUUGGAGCCAGCAGUAUGUCUGCAAGAGUUUCCUAAUUUUCAAGUCGAUGUCUAUGCGACAGUCAUCGAUAACGGGGGAUCCGCGCUAGCCGCAGCGAUAAUGGCUGCUAGUUUAGCUUUGGCAAACGCCGGAGUACCAAUGUUUGGUUUAGUUACUGCAUCCACCGUUGGUAUAUGCGAUCAGACGUAUCUAGUGGAUCCAACGGAUACAGAAGAAGCUUUUUGUUCUAUAAAGACUGCACAGGGCACGGCGGAUAAUCAUGGUAUUAUCGUGCAAGCCGCACUUCCGCAGCAUGGCCAGAUUUCUGAAAUGUUUGUGAUGGGCAGCAUGGACAUGAAUGUUAUAGAACAUUCUAUGGAUCUUUUGAAUGAGAUUCACAAGGAUAUAUGUCCCUUACUAGAGCAAUGUCUCGUAAAAACUGUAUUCAGGACCUUUUGCCCCAGUAACAAAAAAACAGAUAAUAAAUAAAAAUAUAAUGUUCUUAAUUCGUUUUAUAGGUGUUUUUUUAUACACGAAGGUAAAAAUUAAAAAUCAAAAUCUAUUCAAAA